AUGAAGGAAGCAAUUGUUUCUCAAGGACCCGAAGUCAAGAUUAUUGACAGUCCCAUCCCUGUUCCACAAAAAGGCCAGGUUCUUAUCCGAGUUGUGGCUGGUUCAAAUCCAAAAGGUGUCAAAUCUACAUUCUGGCUUCCGCCCUCCAACUUUGGAGACGAUAUAGCUGGUUAUGUCGAGUCCGUGGGGGACGGCGUCCUGGAGUUUCGCCCCAAUGACCGCGUCGCUGCCUUUCACGAAAUGUUUACACCCCAUGGGGCCUUUGCCGAAUACGCCAUUGCAUGGGCCCACACAACAUUUCGCCUGCCAGCUAAUAUUUCCUUUGAGGAGGCUGCCACGGUACCCCUGACUAGCAUGACGGCGGCCCUUGGGUUAUAUAGUAACUUGAGGCUCCCCCUUCCCUGGACGACGGACGAAGACCGUCCAGAGACCGGCCCUCUCGUCAUUUAUGGCGCAGGGGCUGCGGUUGGGAGCUUCGCCGUGCAAUUCGCGAGGAAAAGCGAGGUGCAUCCUAUAAUUUGCGUGGCUGGGCAGUCGAAGGACCAUGUCGAAACCCUCAUUGACUCUAGCAAGGGCGACGUGGUAAUUGAUUACCGACUAGGUCCCGAAACUGUCUUGGCCGAAAUCAAGAAGGCUCUGGGAGGGAAGCCAGUGCUUUAUGCUUUCGACGCGGUGGCUGACUACGGAAGCGACAAAAUCCUCGGGGCUUUUCUUCACCCAGAAUCAGGAAGGAUUACUAUGACUCUCCCUAAGGACGGGGUAAAGAUUCCCAAGAAGCCCGGGGUCUUAUUUCCCGACGGAUACGUCAAACCGGCAUUGGAGGGUGUACCGGAGGGUGUGGAGGGUUUUUGGACGGCUGUGGGCACCGUCCAUAACGCGCCUAGGCAUUUUGGUUACAUCUUUUACCGAUAUAUCGAACUGGGGCUUGAAGAGGGAUGGUUAAAGCCCCAUCCACAUGAUGUAGUGCAGGGUGGGCUAAACGGGCUCCCAGUUGGGCUAGCAAAACUUCUUGAGGGAAAGGCACAUGGUGUUAAAUAUGUAUAUCGGAUUGCAGACACGAAGGCUUGA